AUGGCGCCUCCAGUGGAGUCUUUCCUUGCAUCUGAGCUUCAAAACCACAUCAACCAACUACCAAAUGGGAAGAGGAGGAAGGGCGGAGAUGUCGACCUGAAAAAGUGCUCGCUACACGAGUUGGUGCAAUAUUCGUGUUACUUGGAGGGUGACCCCAAAGCAAGCGAUUCUGUCAUCAAGUGCAAGCCAUGUGCAGAUGGUUUGAUGGUUGAGACUACAGCAUUCGAAGGGGGAGAUUAA